GUUUGUGGAGCAGAUCAGGCAGAACAGGAGGACCAGCUCACAGUGCUGACUCACUUACUGCUGUUAUUACACUGUAACGUUGUAGUUUCCAGAAUGAUCCGGGCCCUGAUCUGGACGUGUCUUCUUCUGUGUGCGAUGGUUCAUAUCACAGUCUGUUGUAAUAAUGACAAAGAGAUUCACUGUCCUAACAUAACAGCUACUGUCGGAGAAAACAUAACACUGACCUGCAAUGUUUCAAAAAACGGCAAUUGUGACAAGUAUAAAUGGAUUAAGAAUGAAACAAAAAACGGCACUUGUGAAAAGUAUAAAUGGAAGAAGAAUGAAACAAAUUUAACACUUGAAGCGAAAAACUGCAGCUCAGUUAAUGAUAGAAAAUUUAAUUACACAAUUAAGAAUGCAUCCAUGACAGACAAUGGGACUUAUAAAUUUUGGAUACAGCUGAACACUAGUCCUUUGGAGAAAUGCUUCAUCGUAAAUAUAUCAGGUAGUCCUAUCAAGGGUGACCCAACUAAAGACCCUCGCGUGAUGGCAGCAAUCAUCACCACAUCUGGCAUCAUACUGGGCCUCAUAAUUGCUUUUGCUGUCUACUGUAGCAGAAGACGCAAAAAUAUCCAGCAUAUGUUUGUGUGGGACUCACUGGGACCCAUUCGGACUUGCCCUGAUCCAAUCGAGGCCCCAUGUACAGUGAGAAACCCAGAUGGAGCCCCUGUUUAACCCCGUCUGGUCCCAUCAUUGCCCCUGAUAAGGUCCCUCACACACAUCCAUAUGUGGUGCCAACAGAAAACCCAUGGACAAAACUUUCUGGAUCCCAGUUGGCUUCCCAUACAGACCCCACAUGUCUGGGGUGAAAGGUCGUCUCAUCUAAUGUGAAACUGAACACUGUGAUCGUUUUCCUCAAGAGAGCAGGUUGUAUCUGAUGAAGUGACCUGGUGUGAUUUAGCUUUAUAUAAAAAAUCAGCACUGGAGAGGAUUCUACUGUUGUAGAUAAGAGUUUAGUGAAAUAUUUUUGUUUUAGUGUUUUUUCCUUUUUUAUCUAAUGUAAUCUGUCUGUGAAGUAAUGUUCUCAUACAGAUCAGUGUGACUGCUAAAUAAGUGGGUGCUCAAUAAGGGCUAAUAUUCCUUUUUAUCAUGAGCUUGUUACCUUGUGACUUAAAAUUAGAACUACAGCAGUCCAAAAAUACAAUAAUGAAAUGUUACACCCCCAUGGCAUGUGGGUUGAGUAGUAGCAGUUACACAAAUGUAACCCAGGUUACUACAGUGCCUUGCAAAAGUAUUCACCCCCUUGGAUUAUUUCCCUAUUUUACUACAUUACAACCUGUAUGUAUUUUUUUUAUCUGAAUUGAAUGUGAUGCAUCUGCACAAAAUAGUCUACGUUUUAGAAGUGAAAUGAGAAAAAAUAUUUAUAUUUUUAUGUAUAUGUAUAUAAAGAAAAUAUGAAAAUAAAAAACUGAAAAUUGGCAUGUGCAUAUGUAUUCACCCCCUUUGUUAUGAAGCCCCUAAAAAGUUCUGGUGCAACCAAUUACCUUCAGAAGUCACAUGCUUAGUGAAAUGAAGGCCACCUGUGUGCAAUCUAAGUGUCACAUGAUCUGUCAGUAUAUACACACCUUUUCUGAAAGGCCCCAGAGGCUGCAACACCAUUAAGCAAGUCAGGGAUAAAGUUGUAGAGAAGUGUAAGUCAGGGUUGGGUUAUAAAAAAAUAUCCAAAUCUCUGAUGAUCCCCCGGAGCACCAUCAAAUCCAUCAUCAUCAAAUGGAAAGAACACGGUACCACAACAAACCUGCCAAGAGAGGGCCGCCCACCAAAACUCUCAGCCCGGUCAGGGAGGGCAUUAAUCAGAGAGGCAGCACAGAGACCAAUGGUAACCCUGAAGGAGCUGCAGAGUUCUCAAGCAGAGACUGUAGUAUCUGUUCAAAUGACCACAAUAAGCCGUACACUCCAUAGAGUUGGGCUUUAUGGAAGAGUGGCCAGAAAAAAAAAACCUUUACUUACAGGCAAAAAUAGGAAGGCUCGUUUCGAGUUUGCAAAAAGGCGUGUGGGAGACUCCCAAACUGUAUGGAGGAAGGUACUGUGGUCAGAUGAGACCAAAAUUGAACUUUUUGGCCACCAAGGAAAACGCUAUGUCUGGCACAAACCCAGCACAUCUCAUCACCCCGAGAACACCAUCCCCACAGUGAAACAUGGUGGUGGAAGCAUCAUGCUGUGGGGAUGUUUUUCAGCAGCAGGGACUGGAAAACUGGUCCGAGUCGAGGGGAAGAUGGAUGGUGCUAAAUACAGGGAUAUUCUUGAGCAAAACCUGUUUACGUCUGUCAGUGAUUUGAGACUAGGGCGGAGAUUUACCUUCCAACAGGACAAUGACCCAAAGCAUACUGCUAAAGCAACACUUGAGUGGUUCAAGAGGAAACGUGUAAACAUAUUGGAAUGGCCCAGUCAAAGCCCAGACCUUAAUCCAAUUGAGAAUCUGUGGUCAGACUUGAAGAUUGCUGUUCACCAACGGAAACCAUCUAACUUGAAGGAGCUGGAGCAGUUUUGCCAUGAGGAAUGGGCAAAAAUUCCAGUGGCAAGAUGUGGCAAGCUCAUAGAGACUUAUCCAAAGUGACUUGCAGCUGUAAUUGCUGCAAAAGGUGGCUCUAAAAAGUACUGACUUACGGGGGUGAAUAGUUAUGCACACUGAUGUUUUCAGUUAUUUUGUCCUAUUUGUUGUUUGCUUCACAAUAAAAAAAAAAGUUAAAUGUUGAAAGUUGUAUGCAUGGUCUGUAAAUUAAAUGAUGCAGACCCUCAAAUAUUCCCUUUGAAUUCCAGGUUGUGAGGUAACAAAAUGUGAAAAAUGUAAAGGGGGGUGAAUACUUUCGCAAGGCACUGUAUGGCUGAUUUACCAUAGAAAAAUUACCCUAGUAAUUAUUGUUAAUUGAGUCUUAAUUAAUAAGGUAAAAAUAAAAUAAGAUUAAAUUAAAUUAAACAAUUAAUAAAAUAUAAAUAGUGAAAACUUUAAUAUAUAUCAUUUUAUAUUUAAACAAAUAAGCUGUGUUAAUAGGAUGACCCAUUGCACCAAACUUUGUCCCAAUGUACAAAAAACCAAUCAGCAGUUAAAUAAGCUAAUCCCAAGUCUCCCGCGUAAAAGACAAUAACACACUCUCAUGUUGGAAGCUGAACAGCACAGCUUAUUCUGGUGGAUUGUUUAAUUAUUUUUGUUUAAUUGUGAAUUACAGGGGAUCAUUAAUUGAAUUGGGAAGGUUAAAAUACUGGUACAUUGCAGUAUAGAGUAAUUCAGGUAGCGUACUUACCUUUAAACCUGUAGAAGAAAAAAGACAAAGAAAUACACACCUUUAAUUCUUACCCUAAUUUCUAGAUUUCUAUUUAUACUUACUGUAGCUGAAGAUUCCAAACUAAUAUACAAAGCCCUAAUAUAUAGAGCCUAAAAGAAAGAAAAAAGAAGAAAGAAAAAAAGGCAACCCUUUCUUUUACAGUCCCCCAAGUUCUAGGUAUUAACCGGGUUAUUGUGAGGUACAAACUCCAAAGUAUUAGGUAAUUAUUUUGGUUAACAAGAUGGUAAGAACAAGCACAGUUUAACCCUUAGAACCCUACAGACGGAGUUUCUGUCCAAAAUCGCACCUUGUGUUCUCAGCUAAAUUACUCAGGAAUCCCUUCACACAUAAACAUAAUCCAUAUACGAUUAGAAAGGGCUGAAUUUACUCUUUUUAGAAAUAGUGAUGAUAUGCCAGUGUGGUAAAGCAUCUACAAGAAACUCAUUGAGAAAACACCUAAAAAACUGAGAUCUACUUCCCCAACCAAUAUUAUUUAUCUUUAGUGCUUCAAACUUAUUUAUAUGAUGUUUCAAACCAAAUAAUA